CUAAUUCAUGGGUAAUGAUCUCUAUCUGUAGAAGUGAAUAUUAGAUAGUUCUUUAUACGUACCCUUGACCUAUUAAUGCUCAUGGUCUUGUCAUUUCAUGGACAUCCAUUGUGAAGUACUACAGAAAUAUGCUGACCUCCUUGUGCUCCAAAGAGAGGUUGGAUACCAGUGAUACACUGUCUCUACUUCAUUGCAUACAAGAAGAGUCGACGCCAUUCCUCACGUCUAAGCAAUCGAUCACCCUAGCCCUGUCAACAGACAACCAUGAUUCAAGAUUAUUAUCUAGUAGACUCUCGCAAGACUCCAAACUCUCACCCUGUAAUGCGUCAUCGUUUCAGACUGAGGCGUGUGGUCACAGGAAAUCUAGAGGAGGUAAGAGUAAGGACCCCAGUAUGACGAAGAAGAGUAGAGGGCGGGGGAGAGGGGAAUUCCCUCAUGUUGAGGGUGGGGCAGUGGUGAGAAAAGAGAGAGUGUUCCUUGAUUUAAGUAAUGAUGACGAGUUUCCUCCAAUGACACCAACAAUGAAACAGCAGAAGAAGGGAAGAUCCUCCAGUGGUCCUCCAAGACGUAUCAAGCCCACCUCUCUCCAGUCAACCCCUCACACUGCCACACACUUCACGAUUCCAACACCCUCACACCCUCACGGAGGCAACUCCCCCUGGAAGUCCAACUCCACAUUCACCAAGCAGCCAGCAUUCUCUUCUUGUGAUGAUGAGCAAAAAGUUACUCCGCCAAAGAGCCAAAACCAUUCCAAGAGUGAUCACCACGCUAUAGAUGUUUCGGCAGAUUCUUUCAUUUCGUCGGCCAACAAAACUCCAGAUCAUCUGAAAAGGCUUGAGCAGCGAAUAUCUGGUGCCCGAAUGGAUGACAGCUUAAGCUCGAAGAUAAGCACACACUCCAUUUUCGAUCUCACAAAUUCACAAGAUUCACCAUCUUUAAACAGUUCUAAAUCUAAUCUUAACCCGACCACCACCCCUCCAAUUAAUAUGACCCCUCGUGUCACAUCAUCACCCAUUUUUCCCACACUGCAAGUGUCCCGUGAAGGCGUUUCUAACGAGGAAGUGGUAGAAAAGGUUGCUUGUAUGUACUCGUCUCUGAUUAAAGAAGGGAGGGUGCCUAACCUGACGUCACAGAUACACUUCAUCAUUCAGCUUCUUACCAUGAGUCAGGGGAGAGCAGGAAGUCAUAAGCUGCUACGUGACUCAUCAGGCCUGUUUGAGUCAAUCGACAACUGUGUCUACUUUGCUGUUUCUGUGCUGGACAAAAUCAGAAGCCUCCUCCUGAGCCUUGAUCGAGCCACCCUCCAGCUGUUGGUCGAGAAUCCGAGAGUGGAGACAUUUCAACCUGGUCUAGUGUCCUUCCUCACUGAGGCUUGUCAGAACAGGAGGCAAGAGACCCUCCAGGGUGCUCUACUACCCCUCACAUCCACUCGUGUCCCAUUUCUGGAAGAGCAGGAUGGAAGUCGUAACUUUCCCUCCAUGAGAGCCUUCCAUGCUUUCAAGAAACAGAGGGACCUCUUCUACUCUGUGUUCAGGGACUGGGAGGGCAACCAUAGCAACCAGAGAUGGAGUUUCCAGGAGACACAGGGUGACAAAAUACGGAUCCUGAUCAGACAGUACGGUGAAGUGUGCAGUCUCUCGCAUCUGGCCAGGCUGUUCACACGGCAACUUAUUGAUACUUGUAAGCAUCCUUUCUCUGCUGGUGACUUGUAUAGUAGUGGUCUAGCCGGACACAUCAAGAACACCGACCCGCAAAGACUCAGACGACUGACAGAGCGUUUCUUCAUUCCCCGUACAUCUGGAACCGGCCCCUGCCCUCCUCCCUCAUUCUCACCCUCAGAGGAGUUUUUCAGAGCAUUCAUAGUAGAGGCAGACAGCCAUGUAUUCAACCAGCAUCUGAGAGAUGCACUGUACGAAGAAAUGUCUAAGCUGCACACUUCAUGCUCCUCAAUUGAGACCAAUGGUGUGCCUGACCUACUCCAGACACUGAGGAGUGUGGCAAAGUUCUUGGGACUGCUCGAGUUCCUCCCCUACACACUCCCCACCAUUCAAUUGAACCAAGGCCGGGACAUGCACAUCUGCACCUUUGGCAAAUUUAUCUCCGAAGCCAAGGUCAGAGGUCAUUUGUCCCUAACUGUCCCCUGGGUAGUUCAGUACAUGAGUAUGAUGGACCCCCAAGCUGCAAUGGUACCCCACUAUCGUCAGUUGAUAGUGACCCUCAUUGACCUAUACAGGGAAGUGCUAAGUGAUUCUGCUUCCUUCUGUUCUGCUCAGUUCCUCAUUGUCACCAGUCUCGGCUGGCUCUUUGAGAACCCUCACAUGCCAAGUGAGCUGUUUUUUGACCACCUCAGAAAUUCCACCCCCCUACCAAUUCAUCAUUCUACUGCAGACUCUGUUUGUAUGGAUUCUGAACCUCAUGCAGUUACUACCAGUGUGGUGUACGCCUGCUGUCCCUACCUGAAUGAGCUUCGAUCCUUACUGACUGAGUUUGCUUCUGGGAAUCACUCUCAACCAAGUCCAAUGAGAAAGAUCAAACCUCUGUCGACAAGCUUCAAUAAACUGGAAGACAGUGCUGCGCACAAACUGCAGGUUCUGCUCAGAGAGAGCUUCUUUCGCGGUCACCCUCCGUACCUGAAGCAGGUGUGUGAUGUCACCAGCGAAAGGGUGGUUGCCGUGGCAAUUGAUCACUGUACGUCAGUCAUCCUGCCACGAGCCGUGUCUAGCGCCGUGUGUCAAAUGGGAGAGUGGAUGAAACAGAAAUGCAAUGAAUGGGAUCCCAGUAGGUCCUUGUCAACUGUAGAACCAGUCACCAGGGAAGAUGCUGAGAGACAAGCGCUGUGUGUUUUGGACUCCAUCUACACCUCUCUUCAUUCUGACAUUAGUCUGUUCACAAACCAGCACUGUACUUCCGAACCAGUGAAGGUUCUCAAUAUAUUACUAGCUGAUUCCCCGUCAUUACAGAUUUUGAACAGUACCAAUGCUGUGUGCUCUGAGAUGGCUUUAGAGAAAAUUUCCAAAUGGAUUGAAGAGAAAGUUAAAAAUUUGUUCCAUGAAGAGCUCCUAAGAAGUGUGGAGCGUGUAAGGAGGUCACUAAAGUCAGUUAUGAAGGCUAGAUCACAAAAUGAUGGCAAGAUUGUUGAGAUAGGGGAAAUGGAUCAGUAUCCAAAAAAAAAACCCGAUCAUUUUGGAGCUAUUGAGAACUGUAGUCUUCUAGUCAAGCGAUUCGAGGAGUCAAUAAUUAGUGUUCUGAAAAUGGAUGGGCGAUUCUCCAUAUCAGAUGUCCUUGAAGUUAAUCAGCGCAUUGUUGAUUAUUUGGAGGUUACAGCAUUUGUCCUACCUGGUGUGCCACUACAAAAUUGUUUACCACCUGAAUGCAAGAGACUACCCAAGCUGACAGUGAAGUUUGCUAUUGAUCAGAUUACGAAAGGAUUGUUAUCAACUCGAGAGGCUGGUACUGAAACUGUGAAACUGUUUAUUUCACUGUGGAAAAAUAUCAAAGGUCUUAAAAUAGAUAUUCCAUUCCAUGAUCUACUGAGUACAGAAGCUUUUGAUAAAUUUAUGGAACAAGAAAAGGUGGACAUAGUUUGGCAAUCCCUGGCGAGUUUUCUCACAGCAAUAUUGAACUCUGACCUUGUAUCAUCCGCCCUAAUGGAAGGAAUGUGGCUGUGUCAAUACCUACAAUUUCCUGAGGAACAGCAGCUGAUCUUCCUAGGAGGAGCUGUUGUGUUUUUAUGCCACUGGUACAGUGCUCAACAUGAGCAUGUGACUACACAGACAUCUGCAUAUGACUCGGUCUCUAGACAAAUUCAUUUCACAAGACUUCUUAGUGUUGUAAUAAACCACCUAGAACCCAAGUCACUACCAAACGAGUUGCGAUCGGAAGAACUGGCUACAUUGGUUUCACUUGUUCAUCCUUUCUAAUUGUGCAUUUUAAUACUGAGUCAUAAUAAUUAUUGUCCACCAGAUAUGAUUGUCUCUGAUAUUGUC